AUGUCUAAAACAUAUUUUCAAAUAUUUUUCAAUUUAAGUUUUCUAUCAUUUCUGAUCCUAUGCUCAUCAAUUCAUGAAAUGGGAAUACAAAAUGAAGAUGAUUUGAAAUUUACAAUACUUGAAGAAUUACCUAUAGGCACUGUGAUUGCUUCUGGUACAAAACUGGGUAAUUUAUAUUUAAGUCUAAGUAAUAACAAUGAUAAUAAUAAUAAUAUUGGUAAAGGACAGAACUUUACUCAAAAACCAAGAAUAUUAAAUAUUAAAGAUCCUGGUGUACGUUGUUUUGAUUUUAAAUGGCUUACAUUAGAUAAACAAACUGAUCUAGGUGUCAAUGAACUCCAAUUCAUUGUUAGUGAUCGAAUUGAUCGUGAGACAAUAUGCCCAUUGAAAUCGCAUGAAAUGAAUAUUAAUCAGCAUCAAUUGAAUAGUUUAAAUAAUCCGCAAAAUAAUUAUGCACUAGAUUCAAAUUAUAUGAAUUCAUUAAAUUUUAAUCAUGAUUGUACAGUUACCCUGAGAAUAGCAACGAUUAACGAUAAUAUACAGAAAAUUUAUCAAAUUCAUGUAAUUAUCGAAGAUAUUAAUGAUAAUCCACCACAGUGGAAUAUUGAUAAGAUCACGAUAUAUUUUCGAGAUGAUGACCCGCCAGGGACGAAACAGUCUAUCCCAUUAGCUAAAGAUAUGGAUAUUGGGAUUAAUGCUAAAAUCAAUUAUCAGUUAUUAAAUUCUGAUUCAAAUGCAAUGAGUACUACUAAUAAUAACAAUAAUAUGCAUUCAUAUAUGCUAAAUGAUGUGAACAAUUUGAAAUUACGCGCAACAGAUAUGUUUGAAUUAGUUACCGAAAAGGUUGAUAUGAAUCAUUUUGGUGAUGAACGCCUGUUUCUAACUGCAAGGCAUACAUUAGAUCGUGAAGCAAAACCACAAGGUUGGGAUUUAAUCAUACUAGCUGUAAAUAAUGAAGGUUCAGUUCCACUGAGUAGUCGUUUAUAUAUCCAUGUAAAUAUUACUGAUGUGAAUGAUAACAGUCCAAAAUUUACUCAAUCACUGUAUAAACCUCAACUGCCUAAUCAUAAGGUUGGUUCAAUCCCAGAGAAUUUUCCUGUCGGUAAAACAAUUCUACGCGUGCAUGCCACAGACGCUGAUGAAGGUAAAAAUGCUGAAAUCACGUAUAGUUUUGCACCAGAUUCUACAAACCAGUUGAUACAUUAUUUCUUUGAAAUGACACGUGAUGGUGAACUACGCGUCCUCCGCCCGCUGAAUGUUGAUAUUAAAACUCAACAGGCUGUAAAUACGCCAUAUUUACCGACAACUGUAAUGAGUUUUGAUGUGAUUGCAGUUGAUGGUGCAGGUAUAGCAUAUGCAAAGACUGGACAUACCACAAUACAAAUUGAAGUGGAGAAUAUUGAUGAUGAAGCACCUGAGAUAAGAAUUCAUCCUAUACAAUCAUUGCAAGAGACCGCAGCAAGUCUGAGUAAUCCUCAGCCAUCACAUGAUACAGAAAUAGCAGUUCUAGAGAAUCAACCAGCUGGCCAGCUGGUAGCUUUAAUUGAAGUAAAAGAUCCUGAUGUUAUGAUUAGUCACAUUAUAUCACAAUGUCAACUAACUGGUCCAAAUGCAGUAAAUUUCCGUCUGUCUUAUCAAGAUUCCGCAAAUAAUGAAUAUCGGUUGUACACGGCGACAAAGUUGGAUCGUGAAAAACAAUCUCGAAUCAUGUUAUCAGUUGAGUGUAAAGAUUUAACAGAUCAUAUUACAACGAGUAAUAUUAUCAUACAUGUCCUUGAUACUAAUGAUCAUGCACCACAGUGUAUUGAACAAAUGUAUCGAUUUGCAUUAUACGAAGAUGAUGGAGAACAAGAUCAUUUGGAUAUUACUAUGACUAAUCGAAGUUGGUUCACUCCAAAUGGACUUGCAUUUAUUACAGUGAAGGAUGAAGAUAUUGGAGUCAAUUCGGAAAUCACUUUUCAACUGUCAGCAGAAUCUGAAGAGAAAUUAAAGGGUAGAUUUUCAAUUGAUUCUAAGACUGGCCAACUGUUUGCUUGGGGUCCUUUUGAUCGUGAACAAAUACCCCUGCAUGAGUUUACAGUCAUCGCUACAGAUGGUGGGAAGCCGAUAAAAUUGAGCACCAGUUGUCCAGUUACUGUUAAAAUUUUAGAUAUAAACGAUAAUCCCCGAUGUUUCAUCCCCAACUUGGUAUAA